AUGUCAUCCAAGAUCAAGCCACAACGUUCCCCACUAGUCCAUCGUGGAACAGUGCUACAGGACAAGGAUACAAGCACACAGGAGGAUGGUAAAGGGCAAACAAAUAAGUGUGAGUCUGAACCAGCUCUCCGCCUCAACCUGAACAACAGCAAUAACAAUGCGGAAGGCAAGCAGAAAAAGAAAAAGGAAAAGACGGACAAAAAAGCAAAAAAGAAGAAAAAGGAAAAGAAGGACAAGAAAGAAAACACAGAGAAAGAAAAAGAAAAGAAUGAGAAAACGGACACGCCAAAGGAAAUCUAUGUUACCGACCCGGCCAGCAACAGAUACUACCACUGGCUGAUUGUCAUCACCAUGCCGGUCAUGUAUAACUGGACCUUAAUCAUUGCCAGAGCUUGCUUUGAAGAAUUACAACAGGACUAUCUCAUUUUGUGGUUCAUCGUAGACUGUUUAUCAGACAUCGUAUACUUGGCUGACAUGGCGUUCAGGACCAGAACAGGAUAUCUUGAGCAGGGCUUGCUUGUGAAAGAUGAAAUGAAGCUGCGUCAGCGAUACGUGGAAAGCCUGCAGUUCAAGCUCGACCUCAUAUCAAUGAUCCCAACUGACAUCCUAUACUUCAAACUGGGACUCCGCUAUCCAGAGAUUCGCCUCAACAAGUUGUUCCGUGUUAAUCGCAUGUUUGAGUUCUUUCAGAGAACAGAGACAAGGACCAACUUCCCUAAUGUCUUUCGUAUUUCAAAUCUCGUCAUGUACAUUGUAAUUAUCAUCCACUGGAACGCAUGUCUGUACUACUCUUUCUCCAAGGCUAUUGGAUUCGGAUCAGACACGUUUGUUUACCCUAAUGUCUCACACCCUGAGUACGGACGUCUGGUCAGAAAAUAUGCAUACAGUUUAUACUGGUCCACCCUGACUUUAACUACCAUUGGUGAAACCCCUCCCCCAGUUCAGAACUCUGAGUAUUUUUUUGUGGUUUUUGACUUCUUGGUGGGUGUUUUGAUUUUUGCUACCAUUGUAGGUAAUGUUGGUUCCAUGAUUUCCAAUAUGAAUGCAGCAAGAGCCGACUUUCAGGCCAGAAUUGACGCAAUAAAGCAGUAUAUGAGCUUUCGAAAGGUCACCAAGGACCUGGAGAAAAGAGUCAUAAAGUGGUUUGACUACUUGUGGACAAAUAAGAAAGCUGUAGAUGAGAGAGAGGUGCUGAAAUACCUACCAGAUAAAUUGAGGGCUGAAAUUGCCAUCAAUGUCCAUCUGGACACGUUGAAGAAGGUUCGCAUCUUCGCUGACUGCGAGGCAGGGCUGCUGGUGGAACUGGUGCUGAAACUGCAGCCUCAGGUGUUCAGCCCUGGGGACUACAUCUGCAAAAAGGGUGACAUUGGCAGGGAGAUGUACAUCAUCAAGGAAGGAAAGUUAGCAGUGGUGGCAGAUGAUGGCGUCACACAGUUUGUAGUCCUUAGUGAUGGAAGCUAUUUUGGCGAGAUUAGUAUUUUGAACAUCAAGGGCAGUAAAGCUGGAAAUCGCAGAACUGCUAACAUUCGCAGCAUUGGAUACUCAGACCUCUUCUGCCUGUCCAAAGAUGACUUGAUGGAAGCUCUGACAGAGUACCCUGAUGCCAAGGCUAUGCUAGAAGAAAAGGGAAGGCAGAUCCUCAUGAAAGAUGGCCUCCUAGAUUUAGAAGUGGCCAAGCAGGGCCCUGACCCUAAGGACAUGGAGGAGAAGGUGAACAGCAUGACGGGCACCGUAGACCUCCUGCAGACCAAGUUUGCCCGGCUGUUGGCAGAGCAUGAGGCCGCACAGCUGAAACUGAAGCAGAGAGUCAAUAAGCUAGAGAAAAAAAUCAUAAUCUCCUCUCAAACGGUGGACCCAGUCGGUGCUGCAACUGCUGGGGUCUAA